UGCUGGGACACGGGGGAAUGUGGUUUUGGCAGAGGGAGGGGGUGCUGGCGUUCUCUACUCCCCAGAUUAGAUCUCUGUGGAAGAAGGAGCCCAAUGGUUGUAGCUGCCUGCUGUGUCCUGCAUAGCAUUUGAGAAGCAAAGGAGGGAACUUGCUUCAGGGGUGCAGGGUGGAGGGGAGCGGCUGUCUGCUGAGUUGGACCAGCCAGACACCAGGGCUAUAAGAUGAGCUCAGCGAGGAGGUAUGACUCAGGGGGCUUGAGAGGAACUGUGUGGUGCUGCACAUCUGUGCCUGUGCCACUGCCGGUGCGCUAGUCCUAGUCCCACUGGGGCGCGUGCUGCGCCAGGCUGUUUGCUGCUCCUGUGCGGGGAGGGUGCUCAAGACUGUUCCUUUCACGGCCAGCGUGCAUUGUCCAGCACGUGUGGUAAGCCAACAAAGGCUAAUUGCUUUAUUCAGUGAUGAGAGCAGCACCCGACAAACAAUCUGCGGAAUGUACUAGUAAAUCCUGGGGAAUGGAGAGAUUUUUGGCACCAUAUUAAACAGACAAGGGAAAGGAAAAGUGUUGUGCGUCGGCGCUGCACGUCCAUCGGCUGUGGCUCUCCUGGGUCAGUGAAGGGGAAGUGGUAGUGUCUGGAGUCGAGAGGUCGGGGUAGCCAUGCUGGAGUGGUCUGGGGAUGGGAGGGAGGGACCCAGGCCCACCCACUACUCUGGGUCUCAGCCCAGGGACCCUGCAAACAACAGCUUCCCCCGGACCCUCCUUUCACCAUCAGUCUGUCAAGUCCCUGGGCCACUUCCCCACAGCCUCAGUUCCCUCUGUUCCCGCCUGUGGCUCCAGCUCCUUUGCCCUCCUCUUCCCUGAGGCUGUGUGGAAAACGGAGGGUGCAGGGAUGUGCUCUGCUUCUGUUCACCCAGGCGCAGAGAGGCCCGCCUGCAUUAGCUGAGCUUGGAGGUCCACAAGUGCCUGCAGCAUCUGUGUUUGCUGCUGGAGAAGCCCUGUUACAGCCUGGUGCAGCUCCCCCUCCUUUGCCUGCUGGACCUUUCUCCGCUCUCCUUCUCCAGGCUGUCUGCAGUGCUCAUCCCCCAGGCCCGGUGCAGCGCUGGCUUGCAGCAUCUCGUGGAACCCGUCGUCCUGCCACUGUCUCUUCUUCCCUCCUCCUUAUCGGGGUGUCUCCAGAACUAUAUCCCGCCCCAGAGCCUCACCCUGUCCUGCCCCGUGUGCCGCCAGACCUCCAUCCUGCCCGAGCAGGGCGUGGCCGCGCUGCAGAGCAACUUCUUCAUCACCAAUCUCAUGGAGGUGCUGCAGCGCUCCCCCGAGGGCAGCAGCCGCCCGGACGCCGCCACGCUGGACCCCGUCAGCGCCGUCACUGGCCAGCCGCUCUCCUGCCCCAACCACGAGGGCAAGGUGAUGGAGUUCUACUGCGAGUCGUGCGAAACGGCCAUGUGCCGCGAGUGCACGGAGGGCGAGCACCGGGAGCACGUCACCGUGCCGCUGCGCAACGUGGUGGAGCACCACAAGGCCUCGCUGCAGCAGCAGCUCGACACCAUCAAGAGCCGGCUGCCCCAGCUGACGGCUGCCAUCGGGCUGGUGACCGAGAUCAGCAAGCAGCUCACGGAGCGGAAGAACGCCGCCGUGGGCGAGAUCAGCGGCUCCUUCGCGGAGCUGGAGCAGGCCCUGCAGCAGCGCAAGGGGCUGCUCGUGCAUGACCUGGAGGCCACCUGCAGCGCCAAGCAGAAGGUGCUGCAGGCCCAGCUGGACGCCCUGCGGCAGGGCCAGGAGAACAUCCUGAGCAGUUGCACGUUCACGGAGCAGGCGCUGCACCACGGCACGGAGACGGAGGUGCUGCUGGUGAAGAAGCAGAUGAGUGAGCGGCUCAGCGCCCUGGCCAGCCAGGAGUUCCCCGAGCAGCCGCAGGAGAACGACCAGCUGGACUUCGUGGUGGAGACGGACGGCGUCCGCAAGUCCAUCCUCAACCUGGGCGUGCUCAUCACCACCAGCGCCAUCGCCCACAAGACGGUGGCCACAGGCGAGGGGCUGCGGCACGCGGUGGUGGGGCAGCCCUCCUCCCUCACCAUCACCACCAAGGACAAGGACGGCGAGCUGGUGCGCAGCGGCAGCGCCAGCCUGCAGGCCCAGGUGACGGCGCCCGAUGGCGGCCGGGCCGAGGUCGAGGUGCUGGACAACAAGAACGGCACCUACGAGCUGGUGUACACGCCGCGGCAGGAGGGCGACUUCCUGCUCUCCAUCCUGCUCUAUGGGCAGCCCAUCAGGGGCAGCCCCUUCCGUGCCAAGGCCCUCAAGGCCUGCGACGUGCCUCCCUCGCCCGACGACGUCAAGCGCCGCGUCAAGUCCCCCAGCAGCGGGCACAUCCGGCAGAAGGCCGUGCGGCGCCCCUCCAGCAUGUACGGCAGCGGCAAGAAGAAGGAGAACCCCAUCGAGGACGAGCUCAUCUUCCGCGUAGGAAGCCGAGGCCGGGAGAAGGGGGAAUUCACCAACCUGCAGGGCAUCUCCACCUCCAGCUCUGGUCGCAUCGUUGUGGCUGACAGCAACAACCAGUGUGUGCAGGUCUUCUCCAACGAGGGUCAGUUCCGGCUGCGCUUCGGCAUGCGGGGCCGCUCCCCUGGGCAGCUGCAGCGCCCUACCGGCGUCACGGUCGACAUGAACGGGGACAUCAUCAUCGCUGACUACGACAACCGCUGGGUCAGCAUCUUCUCCCCCGAGGGCAAGUUCAAGACAAAGAUCGGGGCUGGGCGGCUGAUGGGCCCCAAGGGCGUGGCCGUGGACCGCAAUGGCCACAUCAUCGUGGUGGACAACAAGGCCUGCUGCGUCUUCAUCUUCCAGUCCAAUGGGAAGCUGGUGACCAAGUUUGGCGGCCGCGGGACGGCGGAGCGGCAGUUUGCAGGUACCCUUGAUGGGCCCCACUUCGUCGCUGUUAACAACAAGAACGAGAUUGUGGUGACCGACUUCCACAACCACUCGGUGAAGGUGUACAGCGCCGACGGCGAGUUCCUCUUCAAGUUUGGCUCCCACGGGGAGGGAAACGGGCAGUUCAAUGCCCCCACUGGCGUGGCCGUCGACUCCAACGGCAACAUCAUCGUGGCUGACUGGGGCAACAGCCGGAUCCAGGACAGGUCAGAGCCCCUGAGAACGUCCACCUGCUGCAGCGAACUGAGCGGAGCCCUGAGCUGGCAGCGCAGGCGGGAGGAGACGGGCGAGUGCGGCUCUGCGACCGACGUUGGCAGCCGGGCAAAGGCAGGAAGCAGCCCAGGGAACCGGCCGGGUGCAGAACAAACAGGCCCUUGCUGUGAUCUCCAAGGCCUGGGCUGACGAAUGGGUCUGGGUUCCCUUUCCCACCCGCCUGCAGCAGGGCGCUGUGGGCCUGGAGGGUAAAGGGCCAGGGGAAGGUGGCAACACCCGGAACUGCCUGGGGAUGUCCAACCAGCAUGGACCUUCAGCAGUGCCCAGCCCCGGCAGCUGGCUCCAUGCUGCUGUGGAAGGUCGCUGGCACUGCCUGUGGGUGGCUCCUUCUUAGGUGGGCUUUAUGCAUCCCUUAUACCGUGUGCUGCAACAUUGCCCAACGGCACCCAGCUGGGAGAAGGCGCCUCUCACAUGUGUAAGGAACACUGACCAUGCCUGGACCUCCGGGCGUGGCACAGCCAACUCGUUGGCAUGGCUGUGGCAUGUGGAGGCAGCCUGGCGUACUUCCUUCUGAAACCAGAGAAACCCACCUCCAGGUUUGUCCCAGUACCAGAGGGGCCAGCACAACCCAGUUUACAGGGGCCACGUGGGCUCCCUAGCUGGGCCUGAGAACCGAGCCGCUGGAAGCACAUCCACUCAACAUGGAGUCCCCGGUGACGAUGACAUUUCGGGACCGGCCAGGGAGCCAGUUUUGAAUCCAUUGCACGGGUGCUGUCAUGAUUUUGUGUCAUUCUCGGUUUUUGAUCAGAAUGUCGUGUGGUACCAAAGCAAACGCCUUUCAGCCACCUGUCUGUUACAGCAGCCAAACUGGUCAUCGCCUCUAACAAGUCAUGUCAGUGUCACAGGGUCUAUAGCCAUAAACCCAUGUUGAGUGGCAUUAAUUCCGUCAUCUCCACUAACGCUUUAGGAAUCACAUCCCAUGUUGGCCAUUUCGCUACUUUGCCCAGGAUUGAUGUCAGACUGACAGGCUGCUCCAGGCCAGCCCUUUGGCCCUUUUGAAAUAUUGGCACAAUAUUAGCUGUCAUCCAGUCUGCUGGAACAACCUCAGACUUACUGAAAAACAACGUUA